GAAUUAUCUCCCUACAUUUACAACUGCCCCGGAUUUUGUCCAACGCAACAAAUCACCUGUUUCUACAGGAUAUUAACCUCGCAUCUGUUUCCUGGCUUUUUCCUUUUUUCUUUUUGUAAAUUUGCAUAUUUGCUUACCGCUUUGCCUGACUGGCAAAAGUGCCCCGUCAAGCCCCAUAAACGGCUUUGUAAUUUCGGGCACUCCUUCCAAAAACCACCAGCAACUGAAUACAUCCAAUUCAUUUUCUCCAAAUAUCGGUGUUUUCUCCAGUUGAUUGGUCUGUUCUGAAGCUUCAAUUGCCUAACGACACCCAAAUCCGACACCGCACAUCGGGACAUCACAAAUCACACAUCCCACAGCACACGACGUGCAAAGGGUCUGCUAUCAUCCACUGGAGCAAGCAGGGCAGUGACCAAGCCUUGAUUGUUCUAUUUCUUCGACCUGUCCAAAUAUGGCCGCUAUCCAGGCUGCCCGACUCCUUAGCCGGCGGAACUAUGUUCUCCCCGGCCAGCUGCUCAUCACUGAGCUCUUCUUCGAGGUGCCUAAGAACUAUGCCCGUCCCGAGGCCGGCACCCUGAAGCUGUUCGGCCGCAGUGUCAGGAAGAAUGAACGUCCCAUCACCCCAUUCUCCGCCGCGGAGCUAGCCAGCAAGGAGAAGCUGCCCUAUCUCGCCUACCUCGAAGGCGGACCGGGGUUUGGGAACCGUGGCCCGCAGAAUCAUGCCCUGACCCAAGUUGCCCUCAACCGCGGCUACCAGGUGCUGUACCUAGACUACCGCGGCACUGGGCUCAGCACACCCAUCAACGCCGACUCUGUACUAUCACAAGGCGACCCCAAAGCGCAGGCCGAUUACCUAAAAUUGUUCCGCGCCACUAAUAUCGUGCGUGACCUGGAAGCCGUUCGACUCUGCCUGACGGAGGACUUCGACGAGGAAAAGAAAGCCUGGUCCAUCUUUGGCCAGUCCUUCGGCGGAUUCGUCAGCCUGACCUACCUCUCCAAAUACCCCCAAAGCCUCAGGGAGGCGUUCCUCACAGGCGGCCUCGCCCCGGUCAAACGCACUGCCGACGAGGUCUACGCCGCCACAUACAAGAAGCUCAUCGAGCGCAACGCGGCCUACUACAAGAAAUACCCCGACGACAUCGCCAGCGUGCGCCGCAUCGCCGAGCACAUCCAAUCCCAAACCAAAACCCCCCUCCCAUCCGGCGGCAACCUCACCGUGCCCCUCUUCCUAACCCUCGGCCUCGCCUUUGGCGGCCACGGCGGGCUCGACGAAGUGCACUCGCUCGUCCUGCGAUUCGCCACGGACCUCGACCAAGUCGGGCGCCUCACGCACGCCUCGCUCGCCGACUUCGAAGCCCACAUCUCCUUCGACACCCACCCGAUCUACGCCAUCCUGCACGAGGCCAUCUACAACACCAAGCGCACCGGCGGGCCCGCCUCCAACUGGGCCGCCCAGCGCGUCGGCGAGGCCCUCGCACCCUUUUCCUGGCUCGCCAACCCAGCCACCUUCCUGCGGGCCACCCCGCCGUCGGAGCCGCUGUACUUCUCGGGCGAGAUGGUGUACCCGUUCCACUUCGACGGCACGCUGGGCACGGAGCUGGGGCGGAUGCGGGAGGCGGCCGACAUCCUGGCGGCGACGGCCGAGUGGGACGAGGACCUGUACGACGAGGCGCAGCUGCGCCGCAACGAGGUGCCCGUGUACGCCGUCAGCUACGUGGACGACAUGUAUGUUGAUUUCGAGCUCGCGCGGGAGACGGCGGGGUUGGUGAAGGGGAUCAAGGUCAGGGAGACGAACGGGUGGUAUCAUGAUGCGGUGAGGUCCAAGGCGGAUGAGGUGUUUGGGGUGUUGUUUAGGAUGAGGGAUGAUUGUAUUGACUGAGGGUGGGGCGGCGAGUAGGUAGUUAGUUAGGUAGUUGUGCGGGGUGGUGGUUGGGAAAGCCGAUGCUGCUCAACCCCCGGUCCUACUGUAUACUUCCAACUUCCGUCUCCUCCGCUUGUCCUUCCCGUCUCGCAGUUUUAUGUGAAUCCAAAGAGGAAGAGGCCGAAAAGGUGAGACGGGAAGAAGCCAAAGAACAAUUUCGCAGCCCAAAAACACCUUGGUAUCAUUCUCGCAUUCCUUCCCCCGUAAAAAAGCUAGUAAAUACGGUCCCCGUUCCGCGUCUCACCAUAAACCGAGCCAUAAGUCACCGCCACCCCUACCUAUCCACCAUAACUCCAAGAUCAGUCCCCUACCCCCCUUCCCCCCC